UUGUAAAACUAUUUAAUAAACUAUUUACACUUGACUGAUAAAUUUAUAUCCAAUUAGUCGAAGCAGAUAUUAAUGAUCGUUGAAACGAUCGUGUUACGCUCGGUGUAGCGAUUGAAAAAAUUUACGAUCGUAGUAACGAUCAAUAAAACACUUCUCAUUAUGAAGCCUAUACGUAUUAUCCUUGCCAUUAUGAAAAAUAGCAAUUUCAAGCGGACGGUUAAAAUAAGAAUAAUACCUAUAAAAAGGCGUUAAAGAAUUUACGACGUGCAAAAAUAGUCGCUUAAAUAUACAUCAUUAACCUGGUGAAUAGGUCUUACACUUUUUACGAUAGGAUCUAACGAUAGAAUCGAGUCCGGUAGGUGCUCAUAAAGUGAGUCAUAUAAAACAAAACACCUGAGUAUCUUGAUUGGUAUUGAAGACACGAAGAAAUACUAAUAAAGUUAUACUGUUCAUAGAAACAAAUGUGAAGAUACUAAUAGAUCUCUUGUUGUCUUCAAAAUCUUGUGGCAUCGGUGGUUUACAUAUUAUAAUUAUCGGUGGUAUACAUUGUAGCCUUUAGAUUAUACAAAUUAUAAUAAAGUAUAGCCAAAUUUAAAGAGCGUGAUUCCAUGUUUGAAGCGUACUACUGAAGCGUAAAUAUGUGGCUCUGGGCAAAGUCUUCAAACGCGGGGGCAAGUGCCCCGUAUAAAAUCAUUUUUUCCAGCGAUUCAAAUCUGGAUUUUUAUAUCUACAUACAAAUUACUCGACUCUAUCGCUAAGCCUCCAUGUCCCAUUCAUUCAUUUUCCACCGCUUAACGCGUAUCUAAUUUCCUUUAAUCGCUCGAACAAAUUGACAAUGAAUUUUUAACCGGCACAUGAUAAACCCGUUACAGAGCUUGGUACAAUAUCGGGAAAACGAUUUACGAUGCGCGAGACAUUUCGACGCGCUAAAUCGAUGGCGCAUCUCCGUCCGGGGGUGUAUACACCUCUCGUUUGUCACGCAGCAAAUAUCCCUUCCACAUCUCCGUGAAAGAAACCAGAAACCAGUGUACGUGCCGCUGCAGCAUCAUACACGAGCGGAGCGGUGAGCCAGGAGCACGUUUCCCGAGAAGAGAGGUGUCACGACGACGAGAACGAGGAUGAAGGAGCACGAGACAGCAGGGUGUCAGAGGAAACCGACGAAACUCAGGAAUCUCAUUUACAAGACAGAAGCGUUUGAUUCUCUGCAUGCCAGGAAUGCCGAGAGAACAUUAUGUUCCGGUCAAGUGUGCCUCGGCAGCGUUAUGCAGCUACCGACUCAUGGAACAGAGGCUCGUUCAAGAGAAGAAAUCCUGGUGCACGCAAAAGAUUUCCUUGAGCAAUAUUUCUCUUCUAUUAGAAGACUAAACAGCGAAGCACAUCGUUCUCGUUGGGACAGCGUACAGAAAGAAGUGUACGUCACUGGUACUUAUCAACUAACAGAAACAGAACUAGUGUUCGGAGCAAAAUUAGCGUGGCGUAAUGCUGCGAGGUGUAUUGGUCGUAUUCAGUGGUCCAAGUUACAAGUGUUCGAUUGUCGCUACGUGACAACAACCAGUGGUAUGUUCGAAGCUUUAUGUAAUCAUAUCAAGUACAGCACAAACAAAGGAAACAUCAGGUCCGCAAUAACGAUAUUUCCACAACGUACAGAUGGAAAACAUGACUAUAGAGUGUGGAAUCAACAGCUGAUCGGCUAUGCGGGUUACAAGAACCCGGACGGUACUGUAACCGGUGAUCCUGCCAACGUUGAGUUCACCGAGCUCUGCAUUAAACUGGGCUGGAAAGGAGCACGUACUCGUUUUGAUAUAUUACCACUGGUGUUAUCAGCAAACGGCCACGACCCUGAUUACUUUGACAUUCCAAGUGAACUUGUUCUCGAAGUACCUCUCAGUCAUCCCACGUACGAUUGGUUCGAGAAGUUAGAAUUGAAGUGGUUCGCUGUACCUGCGGUAUCAGGAAUGGUGUUCGAUUGCGGAGGACUGGAGUUCACAGCCGCACCUUUCAAUGGGUGGUACAUGAGCACUGAAAUUGGAGCAAGAGAUCUAUGUGAUGUUCAACGAUAUAAUUUAUUAGAGACAAUAGCUACACACAUGGGGCUAGACACAAGAACAUCCACUUCCUUAUGGAAAGACAAGGCUAUGAUAGAAGCUAAUGUUGCUGUGCUACACAGUUUUCAAAUGAAAAACGUGACGAUUGUAGAUCAUCAUACUGCUUCAGAAUCUUUUAUGAAACACUAUGAAAACGAAAUGCGGUUAAGAAAUGGUUGCCCAGCCGAUUGGUUGUGGAUUGUCCCACCGAUAUCAGGAUCAGCCACGCCUGUGUUUCAUCAGGAGAUGGCUCUUUAUCAUUUGAAACCCUCUUACGAUGCACAGGAUCCUGCUUGGAAGACUCACGUCUGGAAAAAGGGUCGAGACAAGAGGUCAACGUCUAAGAAACCUAGAAGGAAAUUCCAUUUCAAGCAAAUUGCAAGAGCUGUGAAGUUUACAUCAAAGUUGUUUGGAAGAGCUUUAUCUCGAAGGAUAAAAGCCACAGUCUUGUUUGCCACAGAAACUGGCACAUCUCAGAUGUAUGCUGAGAAACUUGGUGAAUUAUUAGGACAUGCAUUUCAUUCCCAGGUACUUUCUAUGUCAGACUAUGAUAUCAGCAAUAUAGAACAUGAAGCUUUACUGCUGGUUAUAACAUCCACUUUCGGGAACGGUGAUCCUCCAGAAAAUGGUGAAGCUUUUGCUCAAAACUUGUACGCAAUGAAAAUGAAUGAAACGUACAUCAAUAGUGGCAAUAAGAUAAGCUUGGCAACUUCAAAAUCGUUUAUCAAAGCAAACAGCCAAUCAGAAGUAAGCAACUCGAAGAAGUUAGACAGAUUGGAUUCUCUCCGUGGCUCCACUACAGAUUCUCAGACAGAAGACACUUUUGGACCAUUGAGUAAUGUCAGAUUCGCUGUCUUCGCACUGGGCUCAUCCGCGUACCCAAACUUCUGUGCGUUUGGUCGUUACGUGGACAAUUUGUUAGGCGAAUUAGGUGGAGAACGACUGCUGAAAUUGGCGCAGGGAGAUGAGAUGUGUGGUCAAGAACAGGCUUUUCGAAAAUGGGCAGCUGAUACUUUUGCUGUUGCAUGUGAGACAUUCUGCUUGGACGAUGACGAUACUUUACUGGAAGUUGCUUUAUCUUUGGGAUCAGAAGCUUUGUCGGCAGCGACUGUUCGUUUCGUAGAAGCUGAAGCUCAACCGAUUGGAAAAGCGUUAAGCAAGUGUCAUAACAGAAACGUGACUACCUGCAACAUGCUCCGGAAGACAAAUUUAAGUGGCGACUUAACUAGUGGAACUACGUUACUCUUGGAACUGGACGACAUAGCUAGCAUGGAAAUCUCCUACAAGCCCGGUGAUCAUUUAGGAGUUUUUGCAUGCAACAGACCAGAAUUGGUGGAAGCAAUCUUGGAACGAAUACAGACUCCUUUUGACCCAGAUGUACCCAUCGAAUUACAGAUGCAGAAACAAUCUCAUACUCCAAAUGGUAUUGUGAAAACGUGGAUGCCACACGAUAGGUAUUUGCCCAACUCGUUAAAAAUGUUAUUAACGAGAUUUCUAGACAUUACGACACCGCCAACGCCGAAUCUCCUCAGAUACUUUGCAUCGAUAGCUACAAAUCCAAAAGAACAAGCGCAACUUCAUCUGUUAUCUUCUGAUCCAGCAGCCUACGAAGAUUGGAGACAUUGGAAGUUCCCAAACUUAGUAGAAGUGUUAGAUGAAUUUCCAUCUGUGAAACCAUUUGCGCCGUUGUUGCUGCUUCAUUUAACUCCUCUGCAACCGAGAUUUUAUAGCAUUUCUUCUUCUCCAGAUGUGCAUCAAGGACAAAUACAUCUCACCGUUGCAAUAGUACAGUAUAAAACGCAAGGAGGUUCUGGACCAGACCAUUACGGAGUUUGUUCUAAUUAUUUACGCGAGAUAUCAGACGGAGAACCGUUGUAUGUAUUUGUACGUAGCGCACCUAACUUUUAUAUGCCAACCGAACCAAAUGCACCGAUGAUAUUAGUUGGUCCUGGAACUGGAAUUGCUCCCUUUCGUGGUUUUUGGCAUCACCGACUUGCACAAAUAAAAUCUGAACCAGAUCGUGAAUAUGGAAAGGUCUGGCUAUUCUUUGGUUGUCGCAAUAAGAACUUGGAUCUGUACAGACAAGAGAAAGAGGAAAUGGUAAAAGCGGGAGUUCUGGAUAAAGUCUUCUUGGCACUUUCUCGAGAACCUGGAUUGAAGAAGACAUACGUACAAGACUUAAUUCAAGCGGAAGCCCCACAAAUUUAUGACAUGUUAGUAUAUGAGCAAGGUCAUUUCUACGUUUGCGGUGAUUGUACCAUGGCAGAAGACGUUUAUCAAACUUUGAAACAUAUUAUACAAACUCAUGGUGAAAUGACGAAUAAACAAGUUGAAGCGUACAUGUUAUCGUUGCGCGACGAAAAUCGUUAUCACGAAGAUAUAUUUGGUAUUACGCUACGAACAGCAGAGGUCCACAAUCGGUCAAGGGAAACAGCAAGAAGUAGAAUGGCUGCUGAACCAUAGAUCUCAUUAUAAUGC